UCAACAAAAGUGAUGGUCAAGUUUUAUUUCAAAAAUCAAACCCUUUAAUUUGAUUUAAAUUUCCACCUUCUGCAAUAAUGAUCCAGUCCAAUCUCUCUUUGUCUCUUCAAAUCCAACUUUGUUUCCCACUAAUAGAGUUCCAGUUUUCUCCGAGAACAAAAUAAAUGUUUCCCACUAACAGUAAAAAGAACGUUAGUUUACUUACGUAACCUAGACGUGUUGAUGUUGCUUUUCAUAUUAUACAACUUUCACGUUUCUAGGCAAGAGAUUGAUUUUUCAAUGGCUUCUAAUAAACCCAUUUUUUUCUCCUUCUUCUUCCUCUUGCUGUUUCUCUCAUUGAACCUGCAAAGCUCAGUCUCACAAACAUGGAUCAAAGCUGGUUACUGGGACUCUAGCGCUUCCCUUCCAGUUUCUGAUAUAAACUCUGCUCUUUUCACUCAUCUUUUUUGCGCUUUUGCUUUUGUAAACUCAACCUCCUAUCAGCUCUUUGUCAACUCCUCAAAUGAACAACAUUUCUCAAACUUCACCAGGACUGUAAAACUAAAGAAUCCAUCCGUUACUACUAUUUUGUCCAUUUGGGUUAGAAGAACUGAGUCUACCACCUUUUCUUUGAUGGUUAAUGAAACUUCUCGUCGAAAAUCUUUCAUUGAGUCUUCAAUCAAAACAGCCAGGCUUUAUGGUUUUCAUGGUUUAGACCUUUUUGGAGUUGAGCCUCGGAAUGGCAUCAAUAUGACCACUUUUGGUACUUUCUUGGCCGAGUGGCGAGCUGAGGUAGCAUCCGAGUCAAGAAACUCCGGUAAGACACAGUUGCUAUUAACUAUGUCGGCUAAUCGCUUGCCGAUUGUCAACUCAGUGAGUUAUCCUAUUGAGUCUACAAAGCUAAACCUGGAUUGGGUGAAUAUUAAAGCAUAUGACUACUAUGUGCCAACAUUAGAUAGGUUUACUGGUUUUCAUGCUGCUUUAUAUGACCCAUUAGGAAGGGCCAACACUGAUGAUGGUAUAAAGGAAUGGUUAAAGAGAGGAUUCCCUGCUGAUAAGCUAGUUUUAGGUUUGCCUUACCAUGGCUAUGGAUGGAUGCUUGUUAACUCUGGUGACAGUGGCAUUGGUUCAGCAGCUUCAGGGCCGGCUCACACCAUUGAUGGUUCAAUAGGGUAUAAGUCAAUCAAAUCAUUCAUUCUAGAUUAUGGUUAUGGCGUUGAAGCUGUGUAUAAUUCUACUUACGUGGUGAAUAUUUGCAAAAUCGGGUCGAUUUGGAUCAAUUUCGAUGAUGUGGAAGCCAUUAAAGCUAAGGUUUCUUAUGCCAAGGUAAAGGGUCUGCUUGGUUACAAUGCCUUUCAACUUUCCAAUGACGAUAAUUGGGUCCUUUCACAAGCUGCUUGUGGAAUAGGCACCAGUCAGCCAAAGAAACAUCGAUUAUUGGUUAUUGUUUCGGUUACAGUUGCUGCAAUGGUUUUCCUGAUGAUAGCUAUCAUCUGUUACCUGCAAAAGAAAAUAUUCAAAUCACAAGGGCUUUGGUGUGCAUUGAAAAUGUUGGUUUCUUGGAUAAGAACCAAAAUAUCAGCUGAAAAAAGGCAUGAAAACGAUGAUCCUAAUCUCCAAGUUUUCAGUUUCUCUAGCAUUAAAGCUGCCACUAAUAACUUUUCAAAUGAUAAUAAGCUCGGAGAAGGUGGAUAUGGACCUGUUUACAAGGGAAAGUUACCAGACGGGCAGGAAAUAGCGGUGAAGAGGCUCUCGAAAAGCUCGAAUCAAGGGUUUGAGGAGUUCAAGAAUGAGGUCACUCUUACAGCUAGGCUUCAACAUGUGAAUCUAGUUCGAGUUCUGGGAAUUUGUACUGAGAAGGAAGAAAAAUUGCUGGUUUACGAGUUCAUGCCAAACAAAAGCUUGGAUUUCUACCUCUAUGAUCCAUUUAAAAGGCAUCUGUUAGAUUGGAGAAGACGAGUCUCGAUAAUUGAAGGCAUUACACAAGGGCUUCUAUAUCUCCAAGAAUACUCAAAUUACACUAUAAUUCAUCGUGACAUAAAGGCGAGCAAUAUCUUAUUAGAUUAUGAAAUGAACCCAAAGAUAUCAGAUUUCGGGAUGGCUAAAUUUUUCAAGAAGGAUGAACUUGAAGCAAACACCGGCAGAAUUGUUGGGACAUAUGGCUACGUUCCUCCGGAAUACGUUAGGAAAGGAAUAUACUCAACCAAGUAUGACGUUUAUAGUUUCGGAGUUCUACUUCUGCAAAUUAUCAGCGGCAAGAGGAAUUCCAGUCUGUAUGGAUGCCAUGAAAACUUGAAUCUUCUUGAAUAUGCAUACGAAUUGUGGAAACAAGGUCGAGAGGCAGAGUUUUUCGAUGCGUCACUGGAUGAUUCAUCUUCGUCAUGUAAGCUCAUUAGAUGUAUGCAAUUGGCACUGCUAUGUGUGCAGGAAAAUCCUGCAGAUAGGCCGUCAAUGGUGAAAGUUUUUACGAUUCUCAAGAACGAAAACAGUGUUGCAAUCUCUGUACCUAAGCAGCCUGCAUAUUCAAUAACAAGAUACGAAAGGAAGGAAAGUAUAGACGUUGGGAGGACGAAAGUUUUUUCUGUUAACGAUGCAUCGAUAACCCAAGUGGAACCUCGAUGACUGACAGCUUAUGCAUUUGGGAAACAUUUAUGUAAAAGGAUCAUGUUUUUUUUUUUUACCAACCUUUGGUCAUGCAAAUAUAGAUAUUAAAGAUUGGAGCAAGUUGUUGAAUCUAUAGUUUUAAUGGUGAUUGAUUUUCAAGCCAAAAAGAACAGGAAAAGAGGAAAAUUUUCAUUACAAGCUGAGGUUGGAAUAAAUAACUGAACUUAUAUUGGC